GCUGCUUAUACAAAUCCCAACUUUGACUCCUUCCACGCAUAAACCACCUUCUAUUACCACGUCACUUGAGUUACUGCGUUUAAAUUAUCAUAUAAUACCUUGAUACCAGUGCAGACUGACUGAUAUGCCCACUGAACACGAAAUCGCACAGCCUGCCGCAAGCAGUGCUGAAACCAAGGAGGAGCAUACAUCUGAACAGCCAAGCGACGUCCCCCAGGAGCCCGCUGUUAGUGAUGCCUCAGAGAGUGCUCCGAAAGGAGCAGAUAAGAAAGAUGAUGAUGCUGCUUCCAAGGCUCGUCUGCGCCAAGAAAGAUUCAAGGCUCUCAAGGCUCGCGCGAAAACGGCCACAGAGCGCAACUUGAAAGAAACCGCCGCCGAAACACAACGGCUAGCGACCGACCCAGCACUACUUUCAUCGAUAUCGCGCAAGCACGCCUUCGCAUCGCACAACUUACUCAAAGCUGAUACAGAAGCCGCGGGUGAAGAUUUCGAGCGCAAACGCGCCUGGGACUGGACUGUCGAUGAGUCAGAGAAAUGGGAUAAGCGGAUGGACAAAAAACAGCGUCACCGUGAUGACGUUGCCUUCCAGGACUACACGCAAGACGCGCGCAAAGUGUACAAGAGGCAGUUGCGCGAAAUGCAACCCAAUCUGGAGAGUUAUGAGCGAGAUAAGAUGGCAGCCAUUGAGAAAGCUGCAGCUAACGGCGACCUUGAAAUUGUGGAAACGAACGACGGUGAGAUGAUUGCCGUCGAUAAGAACGGCACCUUCUAUUCUACUGCAGAUACUGUGGGAUUCACAGAGAACAAGCCGGACCGAGCCGCUGUGGACAAGUUAGUCUCAGAUUUGAGGAAGGCUGAAGAGGUUCGACUCAAGAAGCGGAGAGACCGCCGUGGAGAUGAUGAUGGUGACGUCACCUACAUCAAUGAGAAGAACAAGCAGUUCAACCAGAAACUGGCUCGCUUCUAUAACAAGUAUACUACGGAAAUUCGCGACAGCUUUGAGCGCGGUACCAUGAUCUGAUCGAGCCCGGCAACUUUCAACCACAAAAUGCAAUUCUUGCGCGCUUUCCCAGCAGCGAUAUUCGAACAUCCUUUGGUCGUCUCUCGCUCCUUACUUGCGGACUUCCUUGCUGGAGGUCAUCUCCAGGUCGCUGCGAUUCGCUUAAACAGUCCAGUCGCCCUGAAUGAGCCCUGUUGAGUUGAUCACGAUGCUACGAUGCCAGUGAUCGUCGAUUCUACCUGGAUAUUGCGAGAGCACACUUCGCUUGUGACAUCGACGGAACUAGUGCAGAAGAGAAAGAUAGGGGGUAUCGAUUGGCAGCAUUUUCUGUAUAAUACACUAGAACAGCAUCACGUCGCUGCUCGCUUUCCAGCAUCGGAGUAGUGUUUCUUUGCAACCCUUCCAAGAGCUGCCUACACGCUUGGAAUAUCUAUGCUUGUCUCCAUCACAGGCAACAAUCGGCCAGUGGCCAGCCCUCUUGGACUUGAGAAGGGCUUAUUGCACACAGUGCGGUUUUGUC